CCCCCCCCCUCUAGGCGACUUUCAGAAAGCAUCUCUCAUUAUCUGGGACGAGGCUUCUAUGACUAAGAGACAAGCCGUGGAGGCACUGGACAAUAGCAUGCGCGAUAUAAUGGGUCGACCCGCACUACCAUUUGGUGGUAAAACCAUUGUCUUCGGUGGAGAUUUCAGACAGGUCUUGCCAGUUGUUCGUAAAGGGUCAAGGGCUCAAGUGGUCGCGUCUUCAUUACGGAUGUCUUACCUAUGGGAGUCCAUGUCCCACUUAAAGCUUGUUAGCAACAUGAGAGCAAAAAACGACCCUUGGUUUGCGGAGUUUUUGCUGCGCGUAGGCGGUGGAACUGAGGACACAAAUAGUGACGGCGACAUUCGUCUUCCUGACGAUGUGUGUGUGCCUUACAGUGGGAGUGACAGCGAUCUUGACAACCUAAUAGACUUCGCUUUCCCAAAUCUCAAUGAAAAUAUGUCUGAUUCCACCUACAUCACUUCAAGGGCGAUACUGUCAACACGUAAUGACUGGGUGGAUAUGAUAAAUGCUAAGAUGAUUGAUCGUUUUCAAGGAGAGCAUAUGGUGUACCAUAGUUUCGAUAGCGCCAUGGAUGAUCCCCAUAACUACUACCCACCUGAGUUCCUAAACACAUUGACGCCUAAUGGGCUGCCCCCUCAUGUUUUGAAGCUCAAGAUUGGAUGUCCUGUUAUAUUGCUCCGGAAUAUAGACCCUGCAAAUGGACUUUGCAAUGGCACCAGGCUGGUCGUUCGUGGCUUCCAAAGAAAUAGCAUUGACGCAGAGAUUGUACUGGGUCAACACGUUGGAAAACGGAUUUUCCUACCGCGUAUACCGUUGUGUCCCUCCGAUGAAGAGAUGUUCCCUUUCCAGUUCAAAAGAAAGCAGUUUCCUGUACGGCUUAGCUUUGCAAUGACGGUUAACAAAGCACAGGGUCAGACUAUUCCCAAUGUUGGUGUAUACUUGCCUGAACCAGUGUUCUCUCAUGGUCAACUAUAUGUUGCUCUAUCUAGAGCGACAGCCCGAUCGAACAUCAAGAUUCUUGUCAUCCCAGCCGUCGAUGGGAGGAAAAAGUCAAGGAAGGGUGUAAAGAAAAACCCCACCGUAGAUUGUGGGACAUAUACCAAGAACAUCGUCUACAAGGAGGUCCUAACAAACUAGACCCAUAUACGACUGAAACGGAACUCAAUCUGUUGCAUGCUAAAUACAUGUAAAUGCACGAUGCCCUUUGGUGUAUAACUGAUUUCAGAAUCGUUUUGUAUAUAUCCUAUGUUUUAUGAUAACUGAUUUCAUGAUCGUUUUGUAUUUGUAUAUAUAUGUGGCUCAUGCUGUUUACCAUUGGUUUGCUGCAAAUUGAGAUUCUGUAAAUAGAAAUGGCUGAUCGUGUUUUUCUGCAGAACUAUUUAGAACCCAUAACUCUUAUUAAAUAUAAUAUAACAAUAAUAAUAAGGUAACCAAUAGAUACUAGGUAAGUGCUCGUGCGUUACAACGGGAACAUAUAAUACCACAAAACCCAAGGCUAACCAAUACCCAUCAUAUUUGUAGUGUAAUUCGACCAACUUAUUUAAUUUGAAAUAUUACCUUGCAGCAACCUUCCACCUUGUUACUGAUUCGCUGUCGAAGCCCCUCUUUUCUGGGUGCAGCUUCAUUGUAGGUGCUGGUGGAAAGCCACCAGCAGUUCUUCGAGGAGAAGUGGUGAAACUUUCAGAAUGUUGUACCGAUGUCCCAUUCUUUUGUUAUGAGCAGACCUUGGAAGUCCCUUUUAUUGUGCCCGUGCAAUCAACGGUUAGCAAAAUAAUCGAGUAUUAUCACUCAAAAUCCCCUUUUUGUAGAGUGGUUCAAUCAACUGUCGACCAAAAUCAAAACGCGGAAGGAAACUCAUGAAACUACAAACCGCUUAGGAGUGAAGCAUCUGUACAGUUCCCAAAAAAAACAAACCGCUUAGGAGUGAAGUCAAACUGAUAAUUAUAACAUGGCUUCUCUGAACUCAUUCAUUAUUGAAGCAACUGUACAGAUGCAUGUACUGUACAUUCAGUAGAUGUAGAUCAAACCCAACUCUCAAAGCAAUAUGCUGGUAUGGUCCAGAGCAAAGGUUGAAGGAGCGAAUUAACAACUCCAUGUGGAAUUCUGGAUCUACGUCUGAGAUUGGGAGACAGUACCCAAGCCAGGCUGCCUGUUCUGCUGCUCUUUUUGGUUGUGCUGUUGUGCAGCCGGGAUAAACCGUGCAGGUGCAGUGUAAGAUGGAAAUGGAAUGGAUGCAGCCAAGAUGGAUCCGUGGCUAUAAUAGUUUUCUAGCUUGAGAGAGACAAUAGAAGGUCCUGGCUUGAGUGCUUCAAACAUAUCCUGAAUUUUUGUUGCUGUAAUAAUUUCUGUCGUUCCAUCAUCAGUGUUGCAGGCUUAGUGUCAGUCUUAGUGUCACCAGAAACCUGAACUGGAUAAUCAGUCUAUUUGGCCUCAUCGGAAUAUAAUAAAUUAAUGUCUCAUGAAAACUUGCAUUGUUUUUUCGGGUGCCAACAGUGUGAUAGAAAAUAUUUGCCCAAUCGUCUCUCACUGAUGUGUGCUGUCAGCACAAAUGAAUUCAUUUAGUCAGAAACUGAUAGUUUUCUUGUAAAAUUUAGUGUGCAUUUCCUGCACAAGCAAUGAAACAUUUUUGUGACUCCAACUUACAGUUUUGUCAAGAUGUUGAUUUAGAGCUUGCAUCUGCUAAACUACUUGACGAAUUAACCUCCACCAAAGGGCAUCUAUAGUUUGUUAGUAGAGUACAGGUAUUCAGAAUAAACAAACCUGAACUAGAGAUUUAUGCAAUGAAAUAAACUCCUCCUGUGAUAUAGAUUUCAAGAUAUUCUUCAGUUGAUACACAUCUCUCUCCCUAAGUAUAACCGCAAACUUUCUCCAGUCAAGGGCAUCAUUGAAAGGCAGAUCAUAGUAGUCUGACAGAAUAACUAAAAGGAUAUAGAAGAAUAUGUAUCAGAACAAUGUAAUCAGGAAGGAACUAAAUUACUCUAUUCCCAUAAAAAGGAAAUAGAAAGAACAAUGAGAUGCAUUGCCAAAGUUUGUAAGUAGAAAUACUAACCAGGAACACAACCAUAGUGUAUUGAGUCAGAUAUAUGGACACUGUUAACUUGUGAACCACCAGGACAGAUACAGAACUUGGUACGGUAAAACUGCUUCUGAUAAACUAGCUCGUAAAAGCAUGCAGUUAAUGAGAGAGUACAGGUAUUCAGAAUGACUGGUUGUGUGAAUAGUUAGUAUGCAGUACGGUAAAACUGCUUCUGAUAAACUAGCUCGUAAACUAGCUGGUAAAACUGCUUCUGGUAAGAGUACAGGUAUUCAGAAUGACUGGUUGUGUGAAUAGUUAGUCAUAAAUGUGACGUGUGAAGGUAAAGAUUAAUGAGAGAGAAAAGAGAGAAGUCAUCUUUAAACACCAUGCAAGCAUUAUAUUUUAGUAAGGUAGCAAAAACAAGUUCACAGCUGCAAUAUUCCAUAUGCUUGCAGUUUAUUUACAUUGUCAAACUUAAUUCACCAUGAACAGCUCUAAUAACUUAAUUCACCAUGAAUUGCUUCUGGCUUUGAGCACUUCAUCCACCCACUGAAUUCGUAUAUCCUCAACAGCGUCAUCAUUAUCAGCAUUUGCAUAUGGGCUCUCAUAAUUUUCCAGAACUGCAUAAACAACUUGUGAAAUCAUUGAACAGUAGUAGCUGAGAAUAAAGGAGCGACAGAAAUUAUAAUGGCAUGUCAAUCUACACUUCCAGGCUUCCUGCUAUAUGAUGCCAGCAGCAAUUGGAUAUUACAAGUUUACAGGUUAAGGGAAUGACCAAAAGCUUUAUCUUGCGUGAUUUGGACAAUUUACAGGUCUAUGAACCACCCAGGACAUGUCCAAGACCACCAUAAGGCAUCCUAUCUAAAACUCUAGAUCUAUUUACAACAUGAAUUACUAGAAAGUUCUGUGAUUAUAAUAUACACAUACUUGGAGAAUUAGGUAUAUGUCUGCAAACAAACGUUUGAUGCAAAAAUUGUCCGUGCUCCAUCUACCCUAAACCCAUCCCUGACAUCACACUGCAUCACUGCUAUUCCAUUUGACCAUGUGAUCUCCUCUAUGUGCAGUUUGCUGUGCUCACACGCAUGAAAAUGGUCUGUAUGACAAAAAACCAAGUGAUUCUGCACUCGUCUCAGUUCUACACUAUGAAAUAACAGAUUGUAACUAUCUUAAAGUAUUGUUGAGUUUUGGAUCAUUUGCGAAAUUAGCAAUAUUAAUUUUUAUGCAUCUAACAAUUUGUAAUGCAUGGCAAAGCACGGGCACUGACUUAUAUUAUUA